UCCUGCUAUCCAGACAAAGAGAGCAGAGCUGAUUUCCCUCCUCUCUCCUCGAUCCUCUCUCCUUUGUGCUGUGUGAAGUAUAGCUGUGUUCUCUGAGUUUGUGAAAGGUGAACUGCAGUGUAAGGGUUAUUCAGAGGCCAAUGUGAUAAAGGUUAUCCUUCCAAUAAAAAGUGGAGAUAAGAAAGAGUAGCAAGAAAAUUAAAGUUUUAUGGUUGAAUACUAUCUUGGUGUUAAUCAAACUACAGAACCGAGAUUUGGCUGGAGCGCGGACAUUGCAAGAGUUUGUUUUUAUAUAAAACAAUAAAAUCUCAGAACACAUUCAACAACUCAACUCUAUUACAUAGUCUGUGAAGGAGUGAUAAGAGCACAUGAUAAUAUCAGGAGAAUAAGUUUACAUAUUUACAGUGAGCACAAACUUAAGAAGAGAUGUUGACUUCAAGGGAUGAAGAUUAGAGAUUUUUCCAAGAAGUGUGAAGCGGUUACAUACUGAUAAUUGCUCCUCCCUAUGGAGGAUCAUGUGAUGCAGGUCAAACACAGGUUGAUCUUAGCUAGCAGAGGGUUGAGCACAAAAAAAGAUAGCACAGAGGAGAAGAAGUCAUCAGAGGAAUACUCCAGAGAGAAGCAGAAGAGGAGUUAAGGAUACUUUAUAAACCCAGGACACUGCUGAAUAAGGACAUAUCUGAGGACAGAGGGGAUGGCUGGUGAUAUAUUAGGUGAAAAAUUACUUGAAAUGUGGAAUAAAGAAGAGACAGAGUUUGGCAUGGACCAAGAGCAGGAAUCUCAGCCAAGCAAAAGAUUAUCCCACUCAAUUGAAGAAAUACUGAGGAGGCCCAGCUGUGUCAGGAAGGAGAAGAGAGUUCAUCGCACCUUGUCUGUUAUCAAAGAGAACACCAGGAUAUCCAACCAGCUCUCAUGUGCAGUAGAGAGUCCAGAAAUGAGACUACAUGAAGAGUCCCCAAAAGCCACAACAGCCUGUAUGAGUCAGAGGAAAAAGAGGCAAACGAGGGUCACUUUCACGACGUUCCAGGUUCAGGAGCUGGAGAAGUUCUUCCAGCAGACUCACUACCCUGAUGUGAACACCAGAGAACAUUUAGCCUCUCGCCUGAACCUCACCGAGGGAAGAAUACAGAUUUGGUUCCAGAACCAUCGAGCAAAAUGGAGGAAAACUGAAACACUGAAGGACAUCGAGCUGAUCAGCAGCCAUCACAUACAGUCACCUACUCAUCCCCUGAUUUAUUAUGAGCUCUUACAGAGGAGCCCCCUGCAGGCUGCGUGCUGGCUGCCGUGCUGCUUACCUCAACCUGUUCAGUCCAGGCUGUUCCUCAGAGCGACUUCUACACCCUCCCUGCUGACCAGCACACAUUCCCCACAUCACAGGACUCUGUAUUUUGACCCUCUGGGCACGGACAGAUAGCACCCUGAGUGCUCUUACAAAACAAGACUCUAUUGUAUUGAGUGGUUUUUAAGGACAUGUCAUACAAAGAUUAUACAGAGUUCCUCUGGUACUCAAAGUACGACUAAGAUAAGUUGGCCUUAGUUGUUUGAAUAUGUUGUUUAUACUGUUUUAAAAAUGUCAAUAAAUGUUUCAACAAA